CCUUCGAUGCAUUGUCCUUGGGUUUUGUCGAUUUCAGGGACGGAAGCGAGACAUUCGGCGGAUUAUCGGGGAUGCUGCGUCAAAUACUAUCGCCGUCACCCGAGACCGGGGACACCUGUUUACCUGUCAGUUCUACCCUGCUUCAGAACACCUCUAUAUACUCCAAUCAGUCGUCGAUGAUGCCGUCGACAUUCCAAACCGCCCCGUCCUAUCUGCCGUCCAUUUGCUCCGAUCAGAAUCUUCUGGAUCACAUGCAGAUCGUUGUCGAGUCCCACCCGUGUCCCACCUGCGGCCUCGAGUUCCGUAGCGCCCUUAAGUUGAAUUACCAUAUGAGAACGAGCCAUCUAGGUCUGCCGGAAUUCGAGCACAAUAUCGACAACUCGGUGAGAUACUCUUGCGCCGUUUGCUCACGGAGUUUCUACGCUUUGAGUCACUUGCGGAUGCACGAGGUCACGCAUACGGCGCCGAUCGUGACCUCCUGUCCACCGAUUCCAACGAUGUCGCCUUCUGUGAACGUCGAGAAGACAUUCGGUUGCGACCGUUGCCAAGCGAGUUUCCGUUACCGUACGUUACUCGAGCGGCACCGAAGGAUGCACGAAGUCGGCCAGGAGAAACCCUAUUCCUGUCCUAGGUGCCUGAUGCGUUUCGAGACGCGAAAUCUGUACAAUCAUCACGCGAAAACACACAAGCCGGUUCUGACGGGAAACGAUAGAAUCAUCGACACGUCCAUGGUGUCGUCCGGUGGUGGUGAUCCGGUAACCAGCAGUAUUAGCGGCACCAUGGUCGCCGCCCCGUUGCCGAACAAAUCGAUAGCCUCGUAUCCGUGCGACUCAUGCUCGAAACAAUUCGCCAGCAUCGAAUCCUUGACCACACACAAGGCCGUGCACAGGUCCAGACCUCUCGUAUGCGAUGUCUGCGGCAAAGGUUUCACACAUCGAAAGUAUUAUGUGGUGCAUCAGCGCAUUCACACCGGGGAAAGACCGUAUCUUUGUGCCAUGUGUGGGAAAUCGUUCACUCAGGCGUCCACGCUUACCGUUCAUCGUCGCUAUCACACUGGAGAACGGCCUUAUACCUGCACGCUCUGCGGUAAAGGAUUCGUUACCAGAACGAUUAUGCUUAAUCAUAUGAAAAAGCAUUAAGGAGUUAG